AUUUCUUCCAUGUCCCAGAAGUCGCUGCAGGGCUGGAGAUUUGAGCUCGAAGAGCCUGAAAAAGGCACGCCGCGACGCUCGCGACGGUCGGCUGCCGCGAACGUGAGCCAGAUCCGUCUCACGCGUGACGCCGAUCGGCUCGAACUCAAGAAAGGAGACACGGUCCUUGUCUCGAGCGGUUCGGGGCCUCCCGACGUGGCGCUGAUCAGAGACAUUGGUUUUGGCACAGACACGUUUCUGGACGUGCGGGUGCUGUGGUUCAUGCGGCGGUCAGAGGCAAGCGACGACGUUCUGCCGGAAGACAGUCGGCUCGAAAACGACGUGUUUCUGACACCCAUUGUGGAGAAAAUUCGGCUUGACGACAUUGUCGGGCAGUGCACAGUGCUAUCGGCAUCGCAGUUUGUUGCCGUGAGCCUGGACAGCUCGAAUAGCGGCUCGACGUUCCGCUGCCAAAGGUUUAGCGACAGAGACUCGUAUUUCUCAGACCCGGUCGAUUGGGACGAUUACGUCAGCCGAGGCACGGAGUAUGUGUACGAGCGUGUGAGGGAGCUGGCUAUUCCACCUCGCCAGGAGUCGCCGCGCAAGAAAAAGCGCAUCGACACGCCAACGCAGCAGCAGACGCACAAGGCGGCUAGUCCUCAGCUCGUGGUUCUGUCCGAUAGCGAGGAAAUCGACCUGGAAGAUCUUGAUUCGGCAUACGAGAGUCCGCUGGAGGACAAGCCAAAGCGCAGAGAGCGGAAAAGAAAGCCCAGAACAGCCCAGAAACCGGCGAAAUCCAGCUCUCCUUCAAAGUCGACGCCACGAAGUGCACGCAAGGCCAAUAACAGCGUGCCUGUUCUUCCGACCGUGAUCCGGCAGAAAUUCUUCGAGGACGACAACGAGCUGGUUAUAGACGACGACGAUCUACAGGAAGUGGUCGACACGGACGGGAAAGUCGUCAAGACGUUCAGAAAGGCCAAGGAGAAGCUGUUGCCGUCGGCCAAGCUGCAAACGCUUCCGUGCAGGGACCAGGAGUCCUCGCAGUUGUACGGCAGUCUUGUGGACGCGAUCUUGAGCCAGCAGGGCCGCUGUAUCUACGUGAGUGGCACGCCCGGCGUGGGAAAGACGGCCACGAUACGAGAGGUGAUCAAACAGUUGUUUGUGAACCUUGCCAAUGACAACAAUAAGAAAAUGUUCAACUAUUUGGAAAUAAACGGUCUGAAGCUCAUGUCUCCGCCCGCAGCGUACGAGGCUCUGUACCACAAAAUAUCUGGCGAGAACGUCAAGGCCGGCGCGGCGCUCGACCUGCUGGAAAGACAUUUCGAGACCAGGGACGAGACACGGCUGCCGUUGGUUGUUCUGUUGGACGAGAUGGAUCAGAUGGUGACCAAGAACCAGACGGUGAUGUACAAUUUUUUCAACUGGCCCACUUACGAGAACUCGAAGCUGAUAGUGGUUGCUGUGGCCAACACCAUGGAUCUUCCCGAAAGACUGCUCACCAACAAGAUUUCCUCGCGUCUCGGGCUCACCAGAAUCCAAUUUCCCGGAUACACGUACGCACAGCUCAGUGAGAUCAUCAAGCAUCGUCUCGAGAAGAUCGAGCGGGCCAAUGAGAACAAGCUGGUGAUUUCUAAGGACGCAAUUGAGUUUGCGUCCCGAAAAGUGGCCAGUGUGAGCGGAGACGCGCGCAGGUCGCUUGUUUUCUGCGUGCGAGCCUUGGAAAUUGCAGAGAUGGAGUUUCUGAGCAAACCGCAACAGGAGCGCGACGCGCUCCACGGACGGUUCACCGUGGGCAUCGUGCACGUGAUGAAGGCUGUGAACGAAGCCACAUCGACCCCCUUGGCCAACUAUCUGAACUCGCUCUCUUUUGCCGCAAAAAUGGUUUUGGUGGCAUUUCUUCUGCGUCGCAAACGGACUGGGUCUGCCGAGCUUCCUUUGGGCGAGAUCAUUGACGAGAUGAACAACCAGUUCGGCAUGGUGCUGUUUUCCGAGCUGAAGCGGCAGCUAAGCCACGAACAGCUCGAGAUGCUGGAGGUGUUGUAUGGCCACGAAAAGUCAAGGCUGCGAGUGGACGGGCUGGGGUACAUUGUGCGCGAACUGGACGAGAGCGGUGUCAUUGCACAGCAACAACUGCGCGCAGAGCGAUUGCGGCUGGUGCGCCUCAACGUCAAUGAGGACGAAAUAGUCGGGUGUCUAAAAAAAGACGCUUUGAUGGCCGACCUGAUAGCCACUAUGUGACUAGUGUCCCCUCACCUCCUCUCUCGAUGACACUCUGCGGUCGGCUCUGUCGCUACGCUCGUUGUAGAUCAGAAUCGGCUCGCCCACGUUUUGAAUCUCGGGGAUUUUCAGUUUCAGAUCGAAUGCUUUACUAAUCACAAUCUUGAAUAUCUUCUGAAUAUUGAUCGAGGCACUAGUAGAGCAAAAAAUUAGAGGAGCGUUCAUAGCCCGCGCAAACUUCUGUGCAUGUCUCGUGAUCUCCUCCUGGUCCGCGUCGCUCAGGUCCACAAACAGAUCGUAUUUCGUGCCCACCAAGAACGGUAUGGCCGUUCUGUUGAAUCCUCUUGUUUGCCGGUACCAGUCCUUGACGGAGCUCAGGGUAGACUUGCGGGUUAGGUCGAACAUGAACAGCACCGCCACAGCGUCACUGGCCACCAGGGGCAGCAUGUUUGUGAACUCUGCCUCUCCGCCCAGAUCCCAAAUGGAAAAUGUGAUCUCUGUCGUCUUGAUAUUGAUGGAACGUUCCAUAUAAUUGACGCCUAGAGUUUGUGUAUACACCUCGUCAAAACAGUUUUCCA